CGGCUGUUCGAUUUUGAAUUGUACGUUGAGGAACCGUUUUGUCAUGAAAAUUGCCGAUUGUUAACUAUUCUCAUCACGAAUUUGACCGCCUUAGGCACAGUCGCACCGUUAGUUCGCUUGUGAAGUAUUUCGGGACCGGAAAUCGCACAACUUACAUGCUAAAUGUAAAGAAGAUCACUUAUAAGGUGCAUUAAUCCGAAGAAGAUUGCCUACCGGCUUAAAUAUUCGUUCACUCACAUAACAGCAAAAACGAAGAACGGCCAAAUUUUCAAGUGGAAACACUUCGAAACCAAACACCUUACUAUAAAAACUUGUCCAACGGAAUUCAGUGAUAUUCAGAUAAAAAAUAGUCGUAGGAUUUUGUCGCACUCUCACAAUCAGUGAGACUCAUUGUUUAAUAACAUUUUCUUGUGAAACUUACUUAUAGAGCAUACUUACAUACAAUAGCAGAUCAUUAAAUUCCAAGCCAUGAGGUGGAUUCGUUGUAACAACUGCUACACCAGAGCUGAAGUUGCGAAGGAACCUUUCACUCUGACUAAAUGUGGACAUGUCUAUUGCCAAAAAUGUAUCGGCCAAGGAAAAGAAAUACACAUGUGUGAAGCAAAUAUGCGCAAGUAUGGAGAUGAAAAUCGUGAAGCUUAAAGACGAAACAAAAAAGAUACGCAGAUUAGAACAUGAAAAUAUCCAACUAAAGUUGGCCCUUCAAAACAGCCAGAACAGCCCAUACAGUAACAUUCUGAGUAACCAAAGUCAAAGUAGUGGUGCGUCUACAUUGAAUCAAUACCCUUAUAAAAAAAGAUACCAGCCAAAUGAUUCAAAGGUCACUUUUUCUACCCCACUGAGUACCAACUCAAAUAACUUCAGCCUGUCAUCGCAUUCUGGUAGACAGUAUGUUACGUCACUAUCAGAAUGUAACAGAGAGUUUCAAAUUCCGACCAUGAAUAAAGUUUUGAGGUCUAGGGGCACUGGGUCUUCCGUUGAUUUCACACCAAUGAAUAGAAACCCUGGGUGUUUGGGGUCAAUGAAUCUAUCAUAGUCGUAAAAAGCUUAUCUUCGAAAUAACAAUAUUGUCAUUGUAUUAAUAACAUUCAUCGUGAAACUUAUUAAUACUCAUCAUAUAAUUAUCCAAUGACACGAUGAUUCUAUAUUUGUUUCAUUCAUAUCAAACAAAAUGUUAUGUUUAUGUCAAGUAUUUUGAACGUAACAUGACUCAAUCAGGCUUUCAGUUUCUAUAUUAUUCAAAUUAAAAGUGUAUUUGACAUACAGAUAUGCAAUAAAUACUUUCAUAAUUAUGACUGCAUAUCGUAGCCCAAUUGAAAAUAGUACAUGUAUCGUUCGAUAUACGACUCCAUUUCUCAUUGCGUAGUCCAAGGAAUCUCUGAAAGAAUAUGUUCUUAUUUCAAAGCAGUUUAAAAGAAGAAAAAAUUACGUACGUUUCUAACAUUAUCGUUAUUACCUGUAAAUCUUAUGGUACACAUUAUACAUAUUCUCAACAUGUUAAAUCAGAAAACUAAAUUAAGCUCUAUUACCAAUUUAAGGAAAUACCUUUAGCUGUAGAUAUUAAUUGUAUUACUUCAUUGUGUUUCCACAGUUCAGAAUUUUAAAUAAAAGUAUAAUAAGAAAUGAUUCUCGAAUAAUAUGAAUAUUUUUAAUAAAAAAUUAAAGCAAACUGACAAAUGCUAUGCCUACAAAAAUUAAUGCAUGAAGCGAUAUUUUUACUUGGUAAUAUGACGGAGAAAAGCGAUGUUGAUGCAUCAAUGACUUAUUCACUUCAUUUUUUCUUUUUUUUUUUAAUUGAUUUUAUUACAGCAAGUAAGACUCGACUUAUUUUAUUUACAUAGAAUCGUAACCUCACUUGCCAUCAUUAAUUAUAACACAUAGACAUUCAUUAAACUUACCAAUAUUAUCAAGGUGUUUAUAUACAGAAAUUUACAGAGUUAAUAUACAGGAGAACAAAUAACUUCUCAGUUUUCCCAAUCCACUACCUACAGACCAUUCAGUCGUAACUUCAAUUCAUAAUAGAAUGAAAUUUAAUAUCCAAAAUUCAGUCCGUUUAGUCUCGCUACGUUUUUGACCAAUUUCAUGUAAUGUAAAAAAAUAUGGUAACUUCUUGAUUUUUUUAUUGUGUACAUAAAGUUACUUGGAUGGAUAUAGGGUAUAUUAUUCCUAAUCCAUAACAAGGAACAGUUCAACUAUGAAUUUGUGCAACGAAAACAACAAGCUAGAACUCUGGAUCAGUAAUUUAAUUUGCUAAAUUUGUGAAUAACUUGCAAUUAAUUAUUAUGAAAUGGUGUAAAUAAUCAAUAAACGAGAUUUUUACAUUCUUCAAAGCAACUUGCGGUUAAUCAGUAAAGGCAUGUACAUUGUAAGAGGGAAUAUUUUUGAAAGACUCGUGUUUCUCAAAAGAAUUCAUUCAUAACGUAUAAUAUGAUGAGAGUAUAAGUGUUUUUAAAAUGAAUGAGAAAAAUAUUAAGAGUAAAAUCAGUCGACAUAAGGUGUAAACCUUCUCGAGAAUUCAAAUCUAUCAAAUUUAAAAAGGAUAUUCAAUGCAAAGGCGAUGAGAGGCGGACAUUGUUUUUCAACACAGGUAGGAAUAAAGAAACUUAGUUUUUGGUACUACUCAAGAAAGGUAAGAAAAUGCUCUGGUAAAACUACGUUACUAUGAAAUUCAUUUUAGAUACG